UUUAGGUUUUUAACGACCUAAGCGACGCUUUUAGAGAAAGGGAAGAUUUCCUGGAAGCGUCUCUUUACGGUGGAUGCAUAUCCACUUGGCAAUCCUUCUCCUCCUCCGCCCACCACACUCGGUGUUCUUCUUUCUUUGCCGUAUUUCUAUUUCGCACUAGUUUAACUCGAGAAGCACGCGUCAGAACGUCUCUCGGUACUCGGGUCAAUUUCACAGUAAAAUUGUGUUUUGCGAAAAUUCACGAAGAAUCUGAUCUCACGAGGAUUCCUACAAUUGUGCUGACGCUUCAGACCCGUUUAAUACAAUCUGACGUUGGAUACACUCUUCAGGCAUACAGAUUAAUGGGUCCUCAAACGCUGAGGUGACCAUCCAUAUGAACGAUGGGCAAACCUCCGGAGAAAAGGAUAUAUCAAUUCCUACUCGUGGUGUGUUUUCUGGGUCUGGGUUCGAAUGGGACGAUCGGACAAUUAUUGGAUAGCGAAUAUGGUUGUCCUCCGCAAGAAAAAAUCUUACCUUGUAGGUGCUCGACGAGAGAUAUGGAGUUUCAGAUAUGGUGCAGUCACAGCGAGUUGCCCAAAGUUCUUGAGGGCCUGGACGCUGUCAGUCAUUACGUUGCGCGGCCAAUCGACGAGAUUAUCUUGGAAAACAACAACUUGCCAAGCCUGCCAGGGAAAGUUUUUGCCAAUUUACGAGUCCUACGGUUAAUGUUACGAAAUAAUAGACUCGAGAGAGUUUCUUCGGGCUGGCUCGACGGCCUGUACGACUCUCUUCUCGAGCUGUUUAUCGUCGAACCAGACUUAAGAUCGCUACCGGUCGACAGCCUCGAUAAUUUGAGUGGUCUUGAGGCCAUAACAUUGCAAAGCAGGUCGAUGAAAAGGCUGCCGAAAUUUUCGGGACUCCCGAAGCUAAGAUACUUGCAAAUUAAUUCCCCAUCCUUGGCGGAACUGACGCCAGGGUACUUUAGAAAUUUACCAAGUCUUGAACAGUUUCACAUAUUCGGAAGUCAACGGUUGACCAGACUGGAGUCUGGAUUGCUGCAGGAUCUCCAAAGUUUGAGUUUAGUGAACAUAAGCGAAUGUGCAAUAAACUGGAUCCACCCGAGAGCGGUGAUAGGACUUCCGGAAUUGAAGGAAAUUUCUUUAGUCGGUAACGCUAUCGCGGACGCUACAAUGGUUGGACGCACAAUAAUAGAUUUGCCGAGGUUAUCCAUUUUGCGAUUAGACAGAAAUCACAUCAGUCGUUUGGGAGAGGCUUCCUUUGUCGAGUUACCGACGCUCAGUGAGUUGUACCUAUCCAGAAACAGGAUAUCGGAGAUAUUCCCUGGGGCUUUCCACAGAGUCCCGAUGCUGCGGACCAUUGAUCUGAACCACAAUGCGAUUCACAGAAUCCAUCCGGAAUUUUUCAUCCAGAGGAACGGUGGCUUAGAAGAACUUUGGCUCAUUAACAACGAUUUGGGCCAUAUCACUGAGCUACGAACAAUUUUGGAUGCAUUACCAAACCUGAAAUUCUUGGACAUGAGCUACAACCAACUUGAAGAAAUCCCGUUUGGGGCUAUCAGAGGACAUUCUACUCUCGAGAGAUUGCACUUGGAUCACAAUAGAAUCAACAUGGUUCAAAUGGAGGCGUUCGUUGCUUUGCCAGCUUUGAGAGAGCUCAGAUUGCGCAACAAUUCGUUGUCUAAUAUGCUGGAAGGACCUUUUUGGAACUUACCAGCCUUGAAGGGCUUAGAUUUGGCCGAGAACUACUUCCGAAUGUUGGAGCCACGUUUGUUGGCUAAUCUACCUAGUCUGCGACGGUUAGAUAUCAGCGGAAACGCCAUCGGUAUCGUCGACCCAGCUUCGUUCCUUGCCAAUCCUGCCCUCGAGCAUGUCAACCUCUCCGGUAAUGCCUUGGCCAUGAUUCACCCUCGGACUUUUGAACAUCUUGUCAAUUUGUACGAGUUGGAUUUGGGUUGGAAUAGAUUGUUUGAAAUAGUACCCGGCCUGCCACGUAAUCUCGAGUACCUUUACAUGCCUAUGAACCAAAUUUUGAACCUGCCGAUGCCAUCGUCCCCAUACCUGGCACUUCCUGCCUUGAGAUUACUGGACCUCAGUGCCAACGGUAUAAAGAGAUUACCGCCAGGCUCGCUGAGUACCUUGCCUAAUCUGAAGAGACUGAAGCUCGGCUAUAAUGCUCUUCAACACAUGGAGGACGGAGCUUUCGACGGUCUCUCGCGGAUGGAACAGUUGGACCUGCGAGAUAACCGGUUGGUUUCUCUACACGGUAGUUGCCUGCGAGGUCUGAGGAUGUUGGUUGACUUGAACUUGAGAGGCAAUCGACUGGAAUUAAUCAGACCGGAUUUAUUUGAAAGUAAUGCUCGCCUGCAGCGUUUGGAUCUCACCAGGAACAGAUUGGCGCAAAUACCUCAUACGGCAUUUGCUAAUACUCGAGACCUUCGUGAGGUGUACGCUUCGCACAACGCUCUGACAGAACUUCCAAGGUCGUUGCACGGUUUAACAGCCCUCCAAGUCCUUGACUUGAGUUUCAACAAGCUGAAUAUUCUAUCACCGGAAACUCUCAGCAGUCUGACUUCAUUGCUUGAACUGCGGUUGGUAAAGAAUAAAAUUCAAGAGUUGAGGGAAGGUGCGUUCAACAGACUUCCGAGAUUGUCUCUUAUCGAUUUGGAGAACAAUGACUUGCAGAUUGUCGAGAGAAACGCCAUAAGGGCUCUGCCGGAGCUCAUAGCACUGCGAUUGGGACAAAAUCGUCUCCAGAUGAUACCAAACGGUGCUUUUGUGGAACUACCUCGACUUCAAAGUGCCGAGCUCCAAGAGAAUCGCAUCGAGGAGAUAUCUAACAAUGCAUUCAUCAAUGUUCCUCAACUGUUGUUCCUCAAUUUAAGCCACAACCUGCUACCUAGUCUUGAAAAUUCAGGUCUAGAAAAUCUAAACUCGUUAGAAGUGUUGGAUCUCAGCCAUAAUCGUGUGGCACGUGUAUCGAGUAAGAGUUUAGCAGCCAUGGAAUGGUUGGUUGAACUGAAGAUCGACAACAAUAGAAUUUGUGCUAUUCAAGGUUCGCCUUUCGAUGACAUGCCACGAUUGCGGGUGCUCAGUCUUCGUCAUAACAGGAUGGCUUCUGUGGCGGAAAAUGCAUUCAAAAGAUUAAGAUCUAACAUAGCGAUUCUAGACAUUGAUGGUAACCCAUUGUCUUGCGCUUGUGGAAUGCUGUGGUUGAGAGGAUGGCUGCAGCAGGCAUCAGCUGAAGGGCCGCGUUGUGCUGAUGGAUCACUUUUCAGAGAGGUAAGAUUAUCCCGACAAGAUUGCCAGAGGGAAAGACAAAUCGAACCUACGGUGCCCGGAUGUGAAGCCGAAAUGAUUGAUGCUACCUCUUUGUUUGGGACAUCACAGGUGAAUUCUGCCUGGAUGAACCUACAGGGCAGUACGACACCGCUGCACCCUCUUCCCAACGAGUCAGAAUAUUUCUACGACGAAUACGUUGACUAUCCAUAUGAAAAUGCUAGUACCAUGACCCCAGACAAUUCCUCCGAUACUGUGACAACCAUUGCGUCGGCGGAGGAAUUGGCAAGUCUUCAAAUGACCUCCGAAACGCCUUCUGUUGUCACCGGUGGAACGCCAACGAUCUACGCAGCCACUGGUUCUGGUGCCGCAAACAUAAUCAACAGAACGACACUCAUGCCAACCAAAGAUGUCCCCCCGUCACCGAGUAGUUCUGGAUUUACGUUCUUUGGCGUGCCGCUACCCAGUCUGAACUUUAAUCUGUGGGGGAAUUCAGGAAGAAAAGCCGAUAGAAAAAGCGACUCUUUCAACCAGCCGGGGAGAGGUCGUAUACACUUAUUUCCUCCGACGGAGCCGGAAAUACACAGAGGCGGCUUCGUCCCGUUGCCUCGCGGUCAGAGCGGAUUUAUUCCCAUAGUUGACCCACAGCUUAGGUAUCAGAUGGAAACUAACAGGUCCGCGUACUUCUCCAAUAAAAAUGUUACCAUACAAAAAGAGAGUCAGAAUGGCGGCUUUCAGUUGUCGCAAACGCAGACGGCGAAGUAUUCGACCUCGUCAGAUGGAUCCCAUCGACCACAAAAUCGAACGGAGAAAUUACCUGAUCGAAACAGGGGUGAAAAAAAUACAUCGAAGCUACAAGGUCUCACGCUUUCCGUUAAAGAACAAUCAAAUGUAACGGUUCCCUCUUUACUGACGUCAAAGGACUUUAGAGGAUUUUCGAUCAAUGUUACGAAGGAUGUAAACAUAACAUCGUCUUCUGAAAAAGUUACGAAGAAAUUGGAAAUCGAUCAAACGUCGGUACCGUCGGAAAUCAACGAAGAAGAAAAUCUACAUUCAAUGACCAACGAAAAUGGUGCUAACGGCGAAGUCGCCAGUAAGAUAGUCUGGACCACUCCAAGUUCCAGCACAACCCAGUUACUGAAUAUUUCUUCCGCAGAAGAUAAUAAGGCACCGACUACAGUACGAGCAUCCAUUGCCAGCAUUAGGGAUAAAAGCAGCUUCUGGAAUUUUCGCGAUUGGUUGAAACCCAAGCAGGCUGUGCAAUCUGGUCUGAUAACCACUGUUAUGCCUGACGAUCUUGAAACCACCGGUUCUCCGGUAACUACAACGGAACACGAGACAAUCCUGACAACGAUCCAUCCCGGAAUGCCGUACAUGAUUUCUAUGACUCGAGACAAAGAAGCAUCACCUUUGUCUGCGUUAUUGGUACCUGGUGGACAAAUACCACCUUAUCGACCGUUGGGCCGAUCAACAAUCACCAAAGUUUCCUCACCCAGUCUCACUCCUGUAGCAGAACAGUAUCAAAAUAAUCAAAUGUCACCAGAGCUUGAAAAAUUAUUACCAGAAUAUCUGCUCAACAAUAACGAAAAGGAAGCCGACAAAGAUAAAUUCUCAAAAGACGACACGACACCAAAGUUGAUGGAACAAAUCAAUGGCAACGACGAUAAUGUAAGAAUAAUAGAGGACAGUUCUUUCAAUUGGUAUUUUCAACACUACAAUGACACGAUCUUGGAACCCUAUGUAGGAUUAGUCGACAGUGGUGCUGACCACGUUAAAAUUUUGAUCACUCUCUCACCUGUGACUUAUUUAAUAAUUUGUAGAUUAGUGUGAGCAUAAUAUUGCGGAAUAUAUUCUAUCGGCAACUGCA